AUGAAUCCAUAUGCGUUCUAUACAGCCGCAUGCUACCGUGUCAUCACUCCGGCCUUAUCGACAUACAGCCAUACUGGCAUACCAACUGCCACUAUGAAAUUCUUCUCCAACCUCCCAGACUCGGACCACGUCCCGUACAAAUUCCUCGUCGCCGAACCACACUUCAAACAAGUCGUCAAGUACAUGCGCACUGAAGACUAUAUCGUGUGGGGAAGUGUCGCCACCCUGUUUCCGCUAGCUACUGUCUUAUGGGAACGCUCAUCACCAACCCUCCAUCCACGGUACAUGCCACGAAUCAUGGCCGUCUCGAUACCUGUUUACUUUAUUGCUGGAUUCGUCGUUGCUGCUCAGAUGCCACUAUACCGAUUCUGGGGAUGGAAGGAAAACGGUAUUGAAGCUACUAGAUGGGAAGCUGAACAAGCUAAUGCUGCUCCUCCAGUAAAGAAGGGAUGGAGUGAUGCUGAUUGGUAG